UGCGUUAUCGCGCUGAGAUAACUCCGUCUUUCGGGUCUCCGGGUGUGAUAAACGGCAAUCCAGUCCUCAAUCUCCUCCUCUACAACCUUCGAUCCCUGGAACUUAGGAACUUACAUAAUUCCCAGGAAGACCUAAUGCUCGCACCUGACGCGCCGCCGGUCAGUGUUGGUCCAGGCUGCUGCUCGCCAUCAUGACCUGCUGUGAUCAGAAAUGCGCGCUCAUCACAGGGGCCGUGCUGGGCGCCCUGAUAGCCGUGCUGGGCGGGAUUCUCAUCCCUGUGGGCAACAUGUUCAUUGAAAACACCGUGCACAAGGAAACAGUGUUGGAAAGCGGAACUUUAGCAUUUGACACCUGGACGUCUGUUGACAUAGCAAUAUACAGGCAGUUCUGGCUGUUUGAUGUUCAGAACCCUGACGAGAUUGUAAGUCAAGGGGCCAAACCUGUGCUGGUGCAGAAAGGACCGUACACGUACAGGACACGUUUUAUCCCCAAAACAAAUAUCACCUUCAAUGAUAACUUCACUGUGUCCUUUGUGCUUCCGGCGGGAGCCAUCUUUGAGCCUGGCAUGUCAGUAGGAACAGAGGAGGACAUAUUCACAUCACUCAACUUGGCUGUAGCAGGUAUCUACGGUUUACUUGAUCAUAAAUUGGCAAAUCUGAUAUUCCAACGCUAUGAUGCCACACUCUUCCAGAACAGGACUGUUAAGGAGUUGUUGUGGGGCUACAGAGACCCAAUGCUGAACAGCAUGGUUGGAGUUUUCUAUCCAUACAAUAACACCAUCGAUGGACCAUACACUGUGUUCACAGGCAAAGAUGACAUCAAAAAGGUAGCCACGAUUGAACGCUGGCAGGGUGAAACAUCACUGAGUUACUGGAAUGACACUUAUUGCAACAAGAUAAACGGAACAGAUGGUUCCUCCUUUCACCCGUUCCUGGACAAGAAAAAACCUCUAUACUUCUUUUCUUCUGAUAUCUGCAGGUCAAUAUCUGCUAAAUAUGAGAGAACUGUGAACCUGAAGGGAAUCGAUGUGUAUCGGUACAUGUUGCCUGCUGAGGCUCUGGCCUCUCCAGCGGUCAACCCAGAUAACCAGUGCUACUGUACAAACACUGUGAUCACCAAAAACUGCACUAUGGCAGGACUUCUUGACAUGACUCCCUGUAGAGGAACCCCAGUAUUCAUCUCUCUUCCCCACUUCCUCUAUGGCACCAGUGAUCUCGUCCAGGCAAUGACCGGACUGAAUCCGAACUUUGAUGAGCACUCCAUAUUUGUGGAUGUGGAACCGAUUACAGGUUUCACUCUGAGAUUUGCAAAAAGGCUUCAGCUCAACAUGCUGUACGGCCCAUCGGCAGAUAUCGUACUUUUGAACAAAAUCAAGAACUACACAAUGUUCCCUAUUUUGUGGGUGAAUGAGACGGCAGUCCUGGACGAUGAGACGGCCGACUUGUUCAAGAAAGAGCUGAUUUCUCGAAUGGAUCUGCUGGAGGGGUUUCAGAUUGGACUUUUAACGGUCGGCUUAAUCAUAUUUGUCAGCUGUACGAUCGGAUUGUUGUUGGUGUGCAGGAAACAGGAGAAAAGUAAACAUUCUUUCAUUAAAUAAAGGGAGGGAUGCUUGGUGCUUUGUGUCUUUGAUUUUUGUAAUUGGAAUUACAAAAAUUGUAUUCAUAAAAAUUGGAAUUGUAUAUUGUAAUUGUUAUUUGAGCUCAGAGUACUGCAAUUCUAUUUGUAUAAUUUAUAUACUCUGCAUUUUUGCGGAGCAAAAAUUAUUGAUUUCUUUCUGUAUUUGCUUGAUAUUGUAUCAAGUCAUACUUUCGAUAGUUAUCAGGGCAAAUAUUCUGCCAUUAUGUGGUCAUACUGUGGUUGAUUUAAAUAUGAAAUGGUUUUGUAUGUCAGCACAAUUUCAGUAAAACAAAGAACUGUAAAACUUGGCC